UCCGGCGCUUAUCGGAGUUUUGCUGCCGGGUGACGGCGGUGGCAGAAAGUGGCGGGGCAAUGCCGGAGAUCGAGAUCCGACAUGUGGUAUCUGCGAGCAGCUCCGACACGGCUCACUGUGCUGAGAACCUGCUCAAGGCUGACACGUAUCGCAAGUGGAAGGCUGCCCAGGCUGGGGAAAAGCAAAUCUCUGUCAUAUUACAAUUUGAAAAAGAGGAACAGAUUCACAGUAUUGAUAUUGGCAAUGAAGGCUCUGCCUUUGUGGAAGUGCUGGCUGGCAGCUCUGCCUCUUCCAGUGAGCAGAACUACGAGGUGCUGUUGGUUACAUCCUCCUUCAUGUCUCCCUCAGAGAGCAAGAAUGGCACCAACUUGAACAGAGUCCGUAUGUUUGGGUCAGAUAAGCUGGUGAAAGCUACAGCUGAGAAGAAAUGGGACCGAGUUAAGAUUGUUUGUACCCAGCCAUAUACCAAGUCUUUGGCUUACGGCCUUUCCUUCGUGAGGUUCCACUCUCCUCCAGACAGCAAUGAGGUGCAUUCCAAAAUGGCUUCACCGAAGCUUACCAAAUUGGGCCAAUUUAAGGUGAAGGAUGAUGACAGCAACUCUAGCUCCUUGAAACCUGGUGCUCUGUUCUUCAGCCGUGCCAAUAAACCCCUGGUCUCCCCUCCUAAAGCCUCCCAGAAUAACCAGCCUUCACCCAGUUAUGCUGCCGCCUCAUUGCAGACCAGCAAAUCUCUCUCUCCUGACUCUUCACCAUCAGCAGUGGAAAAGCCCACCACCAAAACCUCACCCAAGGAACCCACACCAGUCAAAAGGAAGUCUGAGUUCAGCAAAGAAAAUGCUGGUCUCCCAUCGGCAACUAAGAAAGCUAACCCUGAUAAAUCUCGCGUUACACACCCACCUUCAAAAAAACACAAAGUUUCUCUCUCCACGUCUCCUCCCCAGAAGACGCCGCCUUCCAAAAAAACUCUGCCAGUGCAGUCUUCGGAGGAGACAGCAAAUGGGUCUUUCCAGCAUCUCCUACAGGGUACUGUGUUCGUGCUGAGCGGUUUCCAGAACCCCUUUCGCUCUGAAUUAAGGGACAAGGCCUUGGAGAUGGGGGCCAAGUAUCGUCCAGACUGGACCCCUGACAGCACUCACCUCAUCUGUGCCUUUGCCAACACCCCCAAAUACAGCCAGGUGAAAGGGCUCGGGGGCACCAUUGUGCGCAAGGAGUGGAUCCUGGACUGUUACCGCACCCGGCGGUGCUUACCCUGCAAACAGUACCUGAUGGGUGGCCCUGACUCUUCCAGCAGCGAACAGGAAGAGGAGAGCGAGGAGGAGACCUCAACUCCACAUCACAGACCUUCGGCUCCUCAACAGAGAACCAGCGUGCCCAGCCCCAACCACAAGGUUACACCUGCCACCAGCCUCAAAUUGAUGCAGGCAGUGCCACCAAGGGUGUCUUCUGAGGAAGAGGAGGAGCCCACCACCUCUCGAAACAGCAACAUCCACAACAAUUCAAGGGCGUCCAGCGAGGAUGAGAAAUCCACAGGUCUUCAAGGCAAUGGAGAUGAAGGCUCUGGUGACACAGAUGAUGAGUUGAGGAGAGUUGAAGAGGAACACCGCAAAAGGCAGCAAGGGGGACGGAGGCUUGCCCCCGAACCAGACCACGACCCCUAUGCUGGUUCCACAGAUGAGAACACAGAUGUUGAGGAGCAAGGAGAGCCAGAUCAGCCUAUCCCAGAACUGCCAGAUCUGUUUGGGGGCAAAUGCUUCUUCCUUUAUGGUGAAUUCCCUUUCCAGGAACGACGCCUCUUGAAUCGCUACAUCGUAGCUUUUAAUGGGGAGGUGGAGGAGUAUAUGAACGAGCGCGUCAACUAUGUGAUCACGGCUCAAGAGUGGGAUGACACAUUUGAUGAGGCUCUGAACGAGAACCCCAACCUGUCCUUUGUGCGUCCCCGUUGGAUCUACAACUGCAAUGACCGGCAGAAGCUGAUUCCCCACCAGCCGUACGUCGUCGUGCCACGAGCAUAGGAGAAUCCCUGCUGGAGUUUGUAUAUAAUGUAUAAUCGCCUCUCUUUGGGAAAGACCCUUUGCCUCCUGGCUAGUGGAAAUAGGGCACUCUUGCUGGAGGGGUGGCCUUCCUUCUAAGGGCCUUUCCCCGCCCUCCAACAUUGCUGUGGUUUGGAUGGUCUUUGGUUGCAUUUUUUUCACCCUGUCGCACCAGAUCAUGUUGGAAGCCAGUGUGCUUUUGGAAAGCAGUGUGUGUUGUGGGCUGCUGUGGCACAGGCCCAGCGUCAUCUUCCAGGAUGGAGAGAGAGCUCCCUUGACAUUAGGGCCCAGAGUUGAACAAAGAAAGAAGUUGAUGUACAGACACAAAUUCACAUACAUCUUCCACGCCUUUGUAUUUCUUGCCCUUCUCACUACCCUUUUUGGUAUUUGUGGUCGCCUUUCUCUUCUUCAUCUUCCCAUGGCAUUGUAGAGGUGUGUUCUUGCUAAGUAUUCUUGCCUCUCCCUGCAGAAAUGUAUUUCUUCGUACACUCGGCCUCUAGAGCAGCAAACCUAUUCUGCUAGCAAGUUGCUCGGGGUUUUACAGAAGAAAAGCCUGCGCGUUUGUCACUCAAGAUGGAUCACGUUUUAUCGUGUUAGAGAUGGGACUUGUCCCAUCGUUGGUGUAGGUAAACCUCCGUUUGUUGACCGCACAAUCUGCAGACCAAGCCAAGCCCAUUUUUAAAACGCAGAGCGUCACAAAUCGGGUUCAUGCCUUCCGCUUGCACAUUUUUCAGAAAAAAACAUCCAUGAAAAGUAACUUCCCCCAACCCCCACCCCAUACUGGCUCAUGUUGACAAAUGGCUUUUUCUGAUUCGGAAGUGUUAUGUAUGUGCUCCGUUUCUACGUGUGUUUAAGCAUGUGGCAGCUAAGUGAACCCUCUCCCUGGCCAGUCAUUCUAAGAGGGGGGUGUUUGGCCUAGAAAUAGAAUGGUAGCAAAGUUGAGAACGGAAGUAUUGGAAGAAACCAUGACUGUCUAAACGGUAUCACGUUUCUGGGGUAGGCUCAUGUGGCUGAAGACUCCCUGGUUUUCAUUUUCAAUGAAUUUAUCCAAGUUUCUCUGUAGGAAACAAGAAACUGCUUUAGUUAAUCUCAUUAUGGAAUUAUUCAUUUCAGCAGAACAUUGUCAGUUUCAGUAUAAAUUGUUCUGCCCUCUGCUCUGCUAUCUUCCUUGGGGGAAAAUAUUAGACUUGUCCUUUUCUGGGGUGGCCUUCAUACAGGUUUUCAGAGUGACAUCCCAUUCCCAAAAGUUCAUGCUCCUUCUCGCUUUUCAGUUGCUGUGAACUGGACUGGGAGGCCUUGAAUAAUCUACCUCGUUUUUGCAGCUGAUUUCUUCUUCCCCACCUGGUGGGUGCUGCCCUCAAUAUUUGCGAUCAAGCCAGCAGUUCUUCUCUUGGUUCUUACUUUCCUGCUUUAACCCCAGGAAAAAAAUGUUAAUUGGUGGUGGAAGCGUUUUACUUGUGGGCGCUGCAGAAUUUAGUUCAAGCCCUUCUCCUGUUGAGACACCUCUCAAUCGUAGUGUAUUUAAUUAUUCCAAGCAGAUUUUUAUAAAGAUUCCACGAUACAAGCCAGAGAUUUUCCCUGGAGCCUAAAUUUUAUGUGCUGGAACUCUCAAGCAUAUAAAUAGGAGAGAGAUAACUGAGGAGGAAGGAGGAAGUUUCCUUUCUACUGCUUCUUUUUUUAAAUAAGACAGAAUAAACUUGGUUGUACUUUCAUCCCUUCUUAAUCCUUUAUCUUGGCAAUUCAGAACUUGUCCAGAUAAGGAACGGCUGAACUAUUAACUAAUGCCCCAUUUUAGAUGGAGUUUGCUCAGUUCUUUUCAGUUUGAGUGGAUUCCCUCCAUGCAGAUGAUGGCAUUUUAAGCAUAGGCUUGUCUCCCCCAGCAAGGACAGUGCAGGUUGGGGACUUCAGUUCUCAGAACUCCCUAGCCAUCAUGGUAGUUACAGAGAAUUCUGGGAAUUAAAGUUUGCAUGUCUGGAGGGGGCCAGGAUUGGAGAGAGCUGUUAUAGGGCAUAUCCUGGCCUCAGAGGAUGGGCUGUUGCCUGGGAGGCUCGAGUGGGAGGUGUCUAGAAAAUCAGCUUUCAUGGAGAAAUUAGCUUUGUGAGCACAUUAAAAGGAGCGCAGAAGGAAUUUGCAUGCUGUUAUGAGGAGAGAGUAGCCAUGGCAGCUAAACUGGGUCAGUGUUUUACUACAGUCCAUGUUCCACAAGACUCAAGGGCUUCUGUUUUCUAUAAAUUUACACCUUGGUUUAGCAGUUGGUCUGAGGUUCUAGCAAUGGCAACAAAACUUCACAAGAUGUAUUCUUGUUCUCUUUUCCCAUAUCAUGCUAUGUUUUUAAUAAAACAAGAUGCAAGA